AUGGGUCUCCACCACCUGGCUCUUCUCUGCGGGGCUCUUGUUAUUUUACGAGACAAUAUUUGCGUCCAAACUUUGUCAAUUUUUCCCCCACCUGCGCCAAAAUCGAGCAAAGUUGCGAAUAUUUUUGACGGUCAGGACGCAUCGAAGUAUUUUAAGGAGUUUUAUGCGCCUCCGACUUCGAACAACAAGGCGACAGAUUUGGUGGAGCCUCACGACUACAUGCUGUCCAUCUACAAGACUUUUUCCACCGCGGAAAAACUGGGACUCAACGCCAGUUUUUUCCGCGCGUCAAAAGCGGCAAACACCAUCGCGAGUUUUGUGGACAUGGGACAAGAUGAUCUACCCCUCUCCCCGCUCCGGAGGCAACGCUAUAUUUUUGACGUGUCCACUGUUCCGGAUAAGGCUGAGGUGCUGGGAGCCGAACUACGGAUUUUCACCAAAACCAAUGGGAAUUCAAGAAUUUCAGAAUCAGAUCCUGUAGAAAUCCAAUUAUAUUCCUGUUUUGACCAGCAAUUACUUUACACCAAAACUUUAGACCUCCAGGAUUCAGGGCAUAGACCCAAAUGGGAGGCCCUUGAUGUAUGGGAGGUUUUUCGGGACUGGCAAAGUUCAAGUCCAGGAAAAGUGUUUUGCUUGGAGUUAACAGCCAUUUUGGAUAAUUCUGAAAAAGAAGUUGAUUUGAAUAUUUUGGGAUUGCAUCGUCAAGGAAAACCGCAACAAAAGAAAGCGAUUUUGGUUGUUUUUACACGAUCAAAAAAACAACAAACUUUAUUUAGCGAAAGAAAAGAGGGGAAAGCGUUGAUGGGAAUGAUUCGGAAAGCUAAAGAACGAAGUGCAAAAUUAAGCCGGAAAAGGCGGACUGCGAAUUCCAAAACUCGCCACGGAAAACGCCACGGGAAGAAGUCAAAAUCGCGAUGCAGCAAGAAACCGUUGCAUGUAAAUUUCCGCGAUUUGGGUUGGGAUGAUUGGAUCAUAGCGCCUUUGGAUUACGAGGCUUAUCAUUGUGAAGGAGUGUGCGAUUUUCCAUUGAGGUCACACCUAGAACCGACCAAUCACGCAAUUAUACAGACGCUCAUGAACUCAAUGAACCCAAAUAACAUGCCCCCAAGCUGUUGCGCCCCCUACAGACUGAGUCCUAUAAGUAUCCUGUACAUAGACUCCGGGAACAACGUGGUCUACAAACAGUAUGAGGAUAUGGUGGUGGAGUCGUGUGGGUGCAGAUAG